AUGGCUUCAAAAAACUCGAGCAACAACGGUAAUGAUGAAUUUAAACUUUCGCUGUACGAAUUGCAAAGGACUCCUCAUGAAGUUAUUACAGACGAUACACAAAUUGCAGUACCCCUAGAGGCUCUACACAAAGAUCUGAUGUGCCCGAUUUGUUUGGAUUUAUUGAACAAAACAAUGACAGCUAAAUGUCUUCACAGAUUCUGUUCUGAAUGUAUUGUGACUGCACUUCGUGCCGGUAGUAAAAAAUGCCCUACGUGUCGUAAAAGGUUAAUAUCCAAACGAUGUCUGCGACCCGACCAUAAUGUCGAUUCGCUCAUAUCUUUACUGUUUCCAAAUCGUGAAGAAUUCAAUGAACAUCGAAAUAAAAUUAUAGAGAGCUUAAAUCAGAGUCAAAGUCAAGAUAAUAUGGUAAAAUCCAUGACUGAAGGGUUAAAAGUGCAAAAACAAAAACGUUCGUACAAUACUAAAAAUAAACGAAGAGCUGAGCCAACUAAAAAUAGCUCAUCAAAUACUUUGGCACCAUCAACUUCAAGACAAAUUAAUAAUGUGACAGAACCGACAGUGCAGACAAAUGGAACAAAAAAAAAGAAAAUUACAGGACCUACUUCGACUGCUGUUUACUCCAAUAUCAUUGAAUGCGAAGAUGCGAUUAAAAGUGUGUCAUUAAAUGAUAUGGAACUGAUAUUUAAACCUCAUCCUAAGGAAAUGCAUAAUAACAAUCAACAAGAAAAUGACUUAAGCAAAACUGAUCAACGUUAUAUAAAAGCACCAUCUGUUGCUACUGUUGCACACUUGAGCAGAUAUUUAACCAUGCGGUUAAAUUUAGAUAAUGGAAAAAAACUUUUAAGCGGUCGUCAAACUGUUCUAAUGUAUAUUCAACAAACUGCUGAUCAAUUUGUACUUCUCGAUGACAAUUUAACACUUCAAAAUGUUCAAGAGAAAUUUUGGAGCUUCGAGAAAGAGGGACCGUUGCAAAUUUUUUACUCUUAUAAUUAA